GUCAAAAUUCUAACCUCAACGCUUUUCCAGUGUAAUCCUUUCAAAAAAAAGCAUUUUGACUUGUUAUGGAUAGAAAUAUUAACGAAAAAAUCCGAAAACCACGUAGAAGUAAAGGUACCCCCUUGUAUACUUAUAGAAAUUAUUUCGCACUCGGCGGACUGGUUUUUGGCGGUAUUUGUUGGUAUUUGUACGAGUUGUGGCCACAAACGCAAAAGUUAAAAAAGAGUAUUCACGACGGAAAAUUUCAUUAUUCCCAAGAGCAUAUGACUCGCAUCCAAAUCAUAAGUGAAGGACUUAAAGAUAGUGGUACUGCUUUAGCUUUCAGUAGAUAUCGUUUGAAAAAACAAGAAGAAGAAGAUGAGAAGGUUACCAAGCAAUCUUGGCUCAGCAAAGCCAUGUCAAGCAAAGUUGAUUAUUAAGGGAGAUGAUGCGAAUAAGUUAGUUUGUUUUUAGUGUUAUUAAUGUUUUAAAUGAAUUAAAAAUAAAGCAAUUGAGUUAACAUUGAUUAAGGAAUUUUUUUCCAGUUCUGAAUCUACGUCAAAAUAUUUCAAAGAAGCAAAUAGUGUAAAUCAAAAUUUUAUUGAGUCUCCUUAUAAGGAUUUAAUUAAAGACCAAAAAGUUGUUCUGAAUGAUUCGGCGAGUGAAGAGGGUGAUUUUAGAACUCCUAAUGUUAUUAAGAAGGUGCAAAAAGUUAACGAAAAUAAAAAUAAUGAAAGAAAAAAAGGUAAAAAAAGCAAUAAAAAUAAAGGUAAAUCAAGACAAACUAAUACUUUGGUUAAAAUGCUUGAAAAGCAAUUUUUAAAUUCGAAAUGUAAUCCUGAACACCUACAAAUGGCUGUUGCUUUAUCUAAAUCGGAACAACCUGAAAGUUCAGAUACAAAUUCGGAAAUUACAACUCAGGAAAAAGUUUUAAAUGUUCGUGCUACUUUGGAACAAUUUGGAUUUAAGUCUAAUAAAGAAACGGGUGAUUUGAUCGUUAAGGAUACUAAAAGAUCGAAAAAUUCUAAAUUUCGAUUUAUUACCCCAACACUUUUUAUUACAACACAAGAAAGCAGAGAAAUUGAGAUUGCGAAAAAAGUUUCUUUAAUUUUAUCGGAAAAUUAUGAGCCGAUUAAAUCAAUUAGUGAUAAAAACGAUGAAUAUUAUGUUUCGAGUGAUUACUUAGAAACCUUUUUAAAUUUUAGUUCUACAUGUUUUUUUAAAAGCACUUUAAAUAAUUUACAAAAGGAAAAUUUUUACGUUCCAAAUUUGAAUUUGCCUCAUACGAAGUUUAAAUGUGGGGGUUUAUUAAAAGAUUGGUCGAAAAUUCCGGGUAGAGAUAAAAGUCCUUGUAAAAAUAAUAAACUAAUUAAAGAAACUCUCAAUAAUUUGAACGAGAACGAUAUAAUUAAUGAUUUAACUGAAAAUUGUGCAGAAGAAAUUAAUUUUAGUGAAGAUAAAAAGAUUGAAAAUAAAAGGGAAAUGUCACCAGAUUUAUUUUCAUCUGAUGAUGAUGAAAUUAAUGAUAAAAUCAAAAAUAAAUCGAAUCAAACAUCUUCUAAUGAUACUACUUUAGAAAUAACUUUACCAUCAAAUUUUAAUAAACAAAUAAUUAAUUCCCCAUCAAAUAAAAUCAUCGAAGCAUUUUCAGCAUCGAUGAUGAGUAAUUUUAAAUCAUUGAAUAACACAAGCGAUUCAGAAUCAGAUUUCGAAACAUUUAAAAGCACAAAAGGCAUCGAUCAUUUCGAAAGUUUUAAUAUCGAUGGUGAUGAAUUCGCUUUUAAUAUCCGAUAA